AUGGCGACCCUAAUUGCCCUCGUUACCCUCGUAGGCCUCCUGAUCCUUCCCUUCUACUCGGCCUACUGCAUCUACAAGCCUCCGACAUACCUCAUCAACUGGCUACGGAGGAAGUACCCCGACGUGCUUUUCGAGAUCCCGACCGACCAAAAGAUCAUUGCUCUAUCUAUCGACGAUGCACCGUCCGCCCACACCGAUGAGAUCAUGCAGAUUCUGGAGGAGAACGAGGCCCAUGCGACAUUCUUCGUCAUAGGGUCCCAGGUUGAGGGGCGCAAGGGUACACUUGCGAAAUUAGUUGAGAAGGGCCAUGAGUUGGGCAACCACGCUAUGCAUGAUGAGCCAUCCAAGUCGCUCAGCAAUGAGAAACUUCUCGAAGAGGUUCACCUCGUCAAGGGUAUGUUGACAGAGGCAUAUGCGGCCAAUGACCUAAUCCUACCCAACAACUACUUCCGUCCGGGAUCCGGAAUAUUUAAUACGCGGAUGCGCAAUGUCCUGGGAAACCAGGGCUUCCGUAUCACUCUGGGAAGCGUUUACCCUCACGACCCUCAAAUACCAUAUCCCGAUACCAACGCAAAGCAUAUCUUGAGCAUGGCCCAUCCAGGUGCCAUUAUCAUCUGCCACGACAGGAGAUCAUGGACUGCGCCAAUGUUGCGUACAGUUCUUCCUGAACUCAAGCGGCAAGGAUACAGGAUUGUUACCAUCACAGAUCUCAUCAAGUCUGUAGCAGCACAAACCCAAGAGCAUUAG